ACUCUCCUACUUUACCAUCUUCCAUCAAAAUUAAAAAUUCCUAUAAUAACACAAAAAAAUAUGUCAAAGGUAAUAACAUGACCGCAUCCUUCAUCCAACUAAACUAACACUAAUCUCCCUCAGUCGCUACGCACUCACAUCGCAUCUCAAACUGCAAAGUGAGUGGUACUGGUAGGUGAAUAUGAGCAUUGUUCCUAAAGAAACAAUCGAGGUUAUUGCUCAGAGUAUUGGGAUUAACAAUUUAUCUCCUGAUGUUGCGCUUUCUGUUGCUCCUGAUGUUGAAUACCGUAUGCGCCAGAUCAUGCAGGAAGCAAUCAAAUGCAUGCGACACUCUAAGAGAACAACUCUGACUGCAGAUGAUGUUGAUGCUGCACUCAAUUUGAAGAAUGUUGAACCAAUAUAUGGAUUUGCAUCUGGUGGUCCUCUACGAUUCAAACGAGCUGUUGGACACAGAGAUUUGUUUUAUAUUGACGACAAGGAUCUAGACUUAAAAGAUGUCAUUGAAGCUGCUUUACCAAAAGCUCCCCUUGAUACUGCACUUACCUGUCACUGGCUUGCCAUCGAAGGAGUGCAACCUGCUAUUCCAGAAAAUGCUCCUGUAGAUGUAAUUUCAGCUCCUUCGGAUAUCAAAAAGCAUGAACAGAAGGAUGAUAACCUUCCAGUUGACAUCAAAUUACCUGUUAAGCAUGUCUUAUCUAGAGAGCUUCAGCUCUAUUUUGAUAAAGUGACUGAGCUAGCUUUGAAUGAGCCUGAUUCGGUUCUCUUUAAAGAAGCAUUAGUAAGUUUGGCUACUGAUUCAGGACUUCAUCCAUUGGUUCCUUAUUUCACAUGCUUUGUAGCUGAUGAGGUUUCUCGUGGUUUAAGUAACUUUCCACUUCUAUUUGCCUUGAUGCGAGUUGUUAAUAGCCUUUUGCAAAACCCUCAUAUCCAUAUUGAACCUUAUCUACACCAGUUGAUGCCAUCAAUUGUAACCUGCCUUGUUGCUAAAAGGUUGGGAAGUAGAUUGACAGACAACCAUUGGGAACUUAGAGACUUCACGGCUAACCUGGUUGCAUCAAUAUGCAAAAGGUUUGGACAUGUUUAUAGCAAUCUACAGUCCCGGUUGUCAAAAACAUUGCUGAAUGCAUUCUCGGAUCCAAAGAAGGCAAUGACACAACACUAUGGUGCAAUUCAGGGGUUAGGAGCACUAGGACCCAAUGUGGUUCGCCUUCUUUUGCUGCCAAAUCUUGAAGCAUAUAUACGACUUCUUGAACCAGAGAUGCUUCUUGAGACACAGAAAAAUGAAAUGAAAAGGCAUGAAGCUUGGCGUGUUUAUGGAGCCUUGCUGCGUGCUGCAGGUCAAUGUGUAUACGUUUCGCUAAAGUUGUUCCCAGCUUUUCCAUCUCCUCUCCCACAUACUGUCUGGAAGACCAGUGCAAGUGUUCUUACUUCUCCACCUAAUAAACGCAAGGCAAGCCCUAUGGAAUUGGAGCAGCAGCCCCCUUUGAAGAAAGUAGAUACUGAUGGAGAGGUUAGUGUAGUUCAGGAAAAUUCUUCAGCAUCUCAUAAGGAAGAGGAGACAGUAACUCAAGCUUCUUCAGCUGAGUUAAAAAUUGGUGCAGCGUCAUCAUCUGGAGAGACGAAAAAUAAGAUCACUACAGAUGGUGUAGUUAGAAGCAGUGGGGGUGAUACUCAGGAUAAUAAGAUCACUACAGAUGGUGUAGUUAGAAGCAGUGGGGGUGAUACUCAGGAUUUGAAGAUCUCUUCUGUCCUAGCCCAUAUUUGGAAAGAUGAGCUGAAUUCAGGACGUGUCCUGACAUCACUGGUUGAGCUGUUUGGUGAAAACAUCCUUUCAUUUAUUCAGAAUCGUGAGAUGUGCAUGUUCUUGUAACCUAAGGAAGAUUAUAGCAAAGUUUGUUCAUGGUUAAACCAUGGAAAACAUGUGGGUAAUAUGUGAUGUCGAGAACUAACUAAUAUCGCUUAGUAUAAAAUGUAUAAUUUUCUUUUUGUUGAAUGAAAUUUUAGCUUCACAUGAAAUUUAUUUUGAAGCUUUAGGUGUCGGGUGUUAGAGCCUGUUGGAAAUUGAGGAACUGGAAUGUAAUGUUUGUGUAAAAUGUCAAAUUAUAUAUAUAUUGCAGCCAUAACUUUCAAUCAUUCUCACA